UUCUUUUUAGCACCCCAGCAGCAGCAGCAGCAGCAGGCCGAAUCGAAGACAAAUGCCUGCCAAAUAACUUAGAUAUAGCGACUAUCUUAUCUGUGUUUUAAGGACUUAAGGCCUGAAAAUAUAUUUCCAAUGACAUAAACUCGCGACUAUAAAUGGGACCGGGCACAGUGUUCCGCGUUUCAGUCAACGGCCAGGCCAGGGCGACAACGAAUCGGAAAUAAACGAAUAUAAAACGAAAGAUGACCCGAACGACAACGACACAAGAGACGAGAGUGGAGGAAACCAUACAGAUUUCCUCCUCCUCGAACAGAACCAUCGAAGAGACCAUCGACAUCACAACAAUUGGGGGAGCGAUAGUGCCAAAGCAACGACAUCACCAUCACCAGCAUCACCAUCAUCAGCAUCGACAGAGGGAGAAUGUGGAAGUGGUUGAGGAGGUGAUUGUGCUGGAGGAGGAACCAGAGCAGCAGAAGCACCACCGCCACCAUCAUCAUCAUCACCACAAGAAGAAUUCAGGGCCAGCACCGCCACCGCCAUUGCCACAGUCCUCGCCGCCAUUCCUCACGCCAACAGAGGAUCUCGCCGAGGACGUGGUGUGGGCGCCACAGCCCUAUUGGAAUCAGAGCCAGGCAUCUACGACCAAUUCCUCUGUGGAUCUACUCCUAAAGACACUCGAGACAGAGGUGAUUGUGGACCAACCAUCACCCACAACCACAGACGAAUUUGUGGCUAUGGAAUGGUCACCCAACUCCAACCCAAUCACAGAGAUCGUGCAAGAGGAACUGACAGUGGGAUUUGCACCACCCACUGGGACGCCACCACAGCUGCAGGUGCAGACAACGGGUUUCUAUCCAGCAGCUCAGCCCCCGCUGCUCUCACCCAUCGCAGAGUCAGAGCUUGUGGAGUUCAGCACAGAGGCUCCCCAAAGGGAUUCCAUUCCACCGGAGGGCUUUGUGAAAACCCUCGUGGAAACGUUUGAGGUCGGAGCACCCGUGGAUCCGCCCAUUCAAUUGGGCUACACUCCAAGGGCAAGUCUGUGGAACAAAGAGAUAUUUGUGGAGACGGUGGACAUGUCCCCGAUUCCCUCACCGCCACCAAGUCCGCCCUUAGAGGAGGAACCCUACCUACUCCCUGCCAGCGAAGAGCUGAUGGAAACGGAGAUAAUUGCAGAGCGUGUGGAAGCCCCAGCACAGAUCAAACCACAUCCGAGUUUCAUUCCCAGAGCGUGGAGGGAGCGUGUGGAGCAGAUUGUAGAGAGUGUGGAGGUCGUUACACCACCUGCCAGUCCCCUGCCACAAACCGAACUGAUUGUAGAGUCCUUGGACGUAACGCCAACGCCAUCGCCACCGCCCAGUCCACCCAUUGAAGUGCCAUUGCAAGCAGGAUUCAUGCCAAGAUCAAGUCUCGUGGAAGUCUCGGAGCUGCUGGUGGAAUCCCUGGAUGUAACGCCAACUCCAUCGCCACCGCCUAGCCCUGCUCCAGCACAAAGAGAACGACUUCCAAUAGGGUUCGGGCCUGAAUCUACAAUAGUGGAAACGGAAACGAUUUUGCAAACUGUGGAGAGUCCAGCCACUCCACCACCCACAGAAGCCUCACUGCAAAUGUCUCUCAUGCCAAGGGAGAGUGUGGUGGAAGAGGAACUGAUUUUUGAGUCCUUUGACACGUCUCCCGUUGCCACACCGCCACCGAGUCCGCCAGUGCUUCAGCCUGGAUUCAUGCCCCGAGCAAGCGUGGUGGAAACGGAGCUCAUUGUGGAGAGCCUGGAGGUCACGCCCACGCCCACUCCGCCAGACAGUCCCAUCAGGGAGUUCCCAUUUCAAGCUGCAUUCAUUCCACGUGCAAGUGUGCCGGAAACGGAGCUGAUUGUCGAGUCCCUGGAGGUGACGCCAACUCCAACGCCACCUGCCAGCCCCCCUGCGCAGCUCAGAAUGAAAACGGGAACAGUGCCACCCCCGAGUCUCCCACAAGCCGAAGUGAUCAUUGAGUCGGUGGAGGUCACAGCCACACCCCCAACCAUACAGCCUCAAAAUGGAUUUUUACUCACGGAUCUCGUUGUGGACUCGCAGCAGCCGUCGCCCGAGGUGGUGGAGACAGAGACGGAGAUCAUCAUUGAGUCUGGACAGGCCAAUGCCAAUGGGCAAACAGAAGUGAUUUUGGUCACUGAAGAGACACUGACUGCCGCCACCCCAGCAGACCGCGUGCUGGUCGGAGUCGUGGCAGAGGAGAGCAGCGACAAGACGGGCAAGCGAUACUCGGUGAAUGCUGCACUGCAGGUGGAGGCUGCACCACCCACGCCACCAGCUAAAGCCCCGCAGAGUGGGCAGAGCGACGCUGUGGACGAGGGUGAGGCUGAGAAGAGGAGGAAGUGUUGCCCAUGUCGUUGCGUCAUUGCCUGAUUGGGCUUCCCCCCCACCCAGGUCAAGGCUGUUGUCAAGUACAAGGCCCCAAAAAGGCAUAUCUAAAUCUUAUCGAAACUACAGACAUUCUGAUAUCGGACUGGGAGUGUAAGACCAUCGGAUAUCGUGUAUCUUAUCAGCCGAAACAGUAGCUGAAACAUUAAACCAAACAAACGAAAACUCACCGUCAAUGUCGCGGCAGGAAA